UCUGCUUUCUUGUUGACUCGCUUCCAACUUCAACACCGACACCACACAAACAAUAAAAAUGAGCGCACACGACAACGAGGAGCUGAUCGACUACGAGGACGAGCACGACGUUGUCGCCAACGGCGCCCCCGCCCAUGCGGCAAAUGCUGUCACUGUUUCGCAGCCAGCCGCUGACGGGGUGGCAGAGGAUAAGAAAAACUUUUCGGGCAUUCAUUCGACGGGUUUCAGGGAUUUCCUCCUGAAGCCUGAACUUCUGCGCGCCAUCUCUGACCUCGGUUUCGAACACCCAUCCGAAGUGCAACAAGAGUGCAUUCCCCAGGCCGUCCUUGGAAUGGACGUACUCUGCCAGGCAAAGUCUGGACACGGUAAAACCGCGGUUUUCGUUCUUGCCACGCUCCAGCAGCUCGAGCCUGUGAACGGCGAGGUCUCUGUCCUCGUCAUGUGCCACACUCGUGAGCUGGCGUUUCAGAUCAAGAACGAGUACACCCGGUUUGCCAAGUACAUGCCUGAUGUACGGAUCAGCACCUUCUUCGGUGGAAUCGGCAUAGACAAGGACAAGGCUCUCCUCGUAGACAAGUCGAAAUGCCCUCACAUUGUCGUCGGCACACCUGGUCGCCUCAACGCGCUUGUCAGGGACAAGUCUCUGGACGCCUCCAAAGUCAAACACUUCGUUCUGGACGAGUGCGACAAAAUGCUCGAACAGCUUGACAUGCGCCGCGACGUGCAAGAGAUCUUCCGGGCGACUCCCCACCACAAGCAAGUCAUGAUGUUCAGCGCGACGUUGGCGAAGGAGAUUCGAGUUACUUGCAAAAAGUUCAUGCAGAACCCUCUUGAAAUUUUUGUCGACGAUGAGACUAAGCUCACGCUGCACGGUCUGCAGCAGCACUACGUCAAGCUGGAAGAAAUUGGCAAAAACAGGAAGCUCAAUGAGCUGCUCGAUACCCUCGAGUUCAAUCAGGUUGUCAUCUUUGUCAAGUCCGUGGCACGUGCCAUUGAACUGGACAAACUCCUGGUCUCGUGCAACUUCCCCAGUAUUUCUAUCCACUCGGGCCUAGGCCAGGAGGAACGUAUCGCGCGUUACACUGCCUUCAAGGCCUUUGAGAAGCGUAUCCUUGUUGCUACUGACAUCUUUGGUCGUGGUAUCGAUGUCGAGCGUGUGAAUAUUGUCGUUAACUACGACUGUCCGCCCGACGCUGACAGCUACCUGCAUCGUGUCGGUCGUGCUGGCCGGUUCGGUACCAAAGGUCUCGCCAUUACGUUUGUGUCGUCCGAGAGCGACCAGCAGGUGAUGGCUCAGAUUCAGUCCCGCUUCGAGGUUGCGGUGCCUGAAUUACCGGACCACAUUGACCCCGCUUCUUACAUGACAUCUUAAUUCCGUGUCUGUCUUCCGUAUUCCUGCUGUCUUAUGCCUUUCGUAGUCUGUAACUGUACGACGUCUCCUUUAUCGCCAAAAUGGAUUCUGGUGCAAAAUC